CAGUUCUAGCAAAUUUUCUCCUUUAUGUUUAUUUUCUCUACAUUUUUCUACAGUUUUUGUUGUCCGAUUCUCUUAAUUUUGAGUUUGAAGUAGCCGUAGAGGACCUUUCUCUGCCGUCAUGCAGAAGGUUCCUAAUGAACCCGUGACAGAGGUGAAAAUUGUGUGUCAAAGGGAAAGAUGUCCGGGCGGAUAUUACCUGUUGGAGAAGACAGUUAAUGGACAUGAUGCUCAGCUGUUUGAGAGUACRUGGAGGCAUAAAGGAAAGAGAUACAUAUGCUACUCCAAACAGCCUGGCUCACAUGUCAUUGUUGAUAUGUCAAUCAUUAAUGAAGGUGAUCCCGUUACCCGUGGAUACACAGCAAUCACCAAUGCAUUUGACGACCCAAGUGAAAAAGCUUUCAGGAAGCACCAGUUAUGUAUCAGAGUUUUGCCUAAAGACCAAGCCACCCAGGCAAUUUGUGAUAUGACAUUAGUGAACAAGUCUAAGGGUGAAACACCACCUCCAGGCUAUUACACAAUUACAAAUGACGUCAAUGAUUUAUUUGUGUGUUUUCGUAUGGCGCCAGUGAUGAGGUAUCAACCUCCUGCUACAACAGCACCUGGAACUUAUUCCUAUCCUGUAGCUCCUCAGCAGUCAGUGGGACAACAAUGGUUUGGUCAACCACAAGCUCCAGGACCAUCAAUGCCAGUACCAUGGCAACAACAAAACAUGCAAUCUUUCCCUAACUACACACCGCACCAUGCAAUGCCUGCUGCUAAAAUGAGUGCACAAACAGGAAUAGAAGGUUUACCUUUUCAAAUAAAUAGCAAGUUCGAUAUUCUUUGGAAAAAAUCCACACCAAAUGUCACAGCAGCAGUCCCAAAGAUGUCAACUCAAGAUAUCAAGCUUAAGUACUGUUAUGACUUCACACAAGAACGACACUUCAUGGCAGGUUAACUUCAAAGAAUUUAAUGUUAUUGAAUUUCGAUUUGUGUACUUCAUUAAGUUUUGGUUUGUGCCGGGGAUCCCCUUUUAUUGAAGAAAUCUGGAAAUAAGACAAUAUUGGUAAAUAAACUGGGAAAGGCUAGACAUGUCAAUGUACUAACUAAAUGUACAAUUGUAUGAUACAUGCAAUACUAAACAAAACAGUUUCUUUAUUAUAAAUUCGGCUUUCUCUAAGAAGAGUUGAAAAGCCUCCUGCCUCAUUGGCUGUUUGCGGUGUAGUCUAUUUGGCUGGAUUUACAGCUUUUUACCCUUAUAGUGCAUCUAUUUUUGGUUGCACUUCAUCAGAUUUUAUUCCCAGUUAACCAAAAGUUCAAAAUUUUAAAAUAAGGUACAUGUAAACACAUACAUUUGUACAUGUACAUUUGUAGGUCAGUUAAUAUAAUUGAUGUAGUAAUUUAGUUGUUUUGAAUUCAUGAUGCUUAUCCUAGAUGACUAUAUCACUGCAUUCAAAAUGACAUCCAAACACAUUUUAGCUCCUGAAUACUUUAUUAAAAUAAAUCCAUAAAACAAUGUUUAAAGAAA